ACUUAAAUUUCUCUUAAAUAAGGAUGAUUUGAACUAUUGGUUUAGUUUAGGGUUAAAUUGAUUUUCUGACUCAUUAAGGAUGAAACUGAGGCCAUUGUAUUAAGCAGUAAGGUCAUUAGUAAAUUAUUUAUACACCUUUUGAUUUUAAAGUAUGAAUAGUGUUGAAGGGGGAAGGGAAUGCCUUCUAUUAUCUAACAUACUCAAUUCCCUAAGUAAUAUUAUACUUAGCAAAUAUAGUGUCAUGUCCAGUUCAUCAUACUUUAGACAUGGCAGUUUCAGAUGCUUUAACAUUUACAGUCUAUUUAUCCUUACUGAAUUAGCUAAUUCACUGAUACUAGCAUUUCCCACAAGAACACAAAGGAGGAGGGGGGAGGGGGAGAGUGGCAGAGGUUUGAAAUAAUUUGUCCCCACUUUACAAUUAUAAUUCAGUAAACACUAUAUUCCCAGCACUGUGCUAAGUAUUUUGAACUAUAUAAAUGUUUCAUUGUCCUAUGCUCUGCUUAUAUUGUCUGUGUUCUUGCAGAGCUGCAGAGGCAUAGUAUUUUUUAGCCCUUUAUUCAGAAGUAUAAUAGUGCUGAUAAAUAUGAUAGAAGGUGCUAGAAAAUGUUGGUUUGAUUCAUAGAGAGAGUACAGGUAAUGAAGUGCUUUUUAAACAUCCUUUCUGGAAUGUAUCUGAAUAAAGUUUUAAUUGAUGAUGGCCCAGAAUUCAUGAAUAAACUAGGGUUAUACAAGAUUGCCUAAAAAUAAUUUAUAGCAGGUAAUUGAUAGUUAUCUACAUUAAAAAUUAAUCAUCUAGAAAGUUGGCAGGCAUUUUAGUACCAGGUUGGGUUAGUGUAAAUUAGGAGUGCUUUUCCUAAUUACUUUUCUCCCAAAUAACAUAAAAAGAAAGAAAAUACAAUGGAAGCGCCAAGCAUGGACAGUGUAAAAGUUGCAGUUCGAGUUCGACCUUUCAAUCAGCGAGAGAAGAAUGCAGGAAGCAGAUGUGUGAUUUCAAUGCAAUCUGGGACAACCACUAUUAUACAUGAUCCCAAGAACCCAGAACAUAUAAAAACCUUUACUUUUGAUUUGGCAUAUUGGUCUCACAGUGGUUUUCAAAGGGACAAAGAUGGUGUACUUAUUUCAACUGGUUCUAACAGUGAAUUUGCAGGCCAGGUAAAUUGUCUUAAAAUAAAAUUUUACUUGUAUUUUUUUUUAAUCUACAAAAGAGAUGUUUUUCGUGACCUUGGUCAAGGAGUUCUAGACAGUGCCUGGCAGGGUUAUAAUGCUACCCUCCUGGCGUAUGGCCAGACUGGCUCUGGGAAAAGCUACUCCAUGAUUGGUUAUGGUGCUGACAAAGGCAUAAUCCCCAAUGUGUGUGAAGAACUCUUUAAAGCCACUGAAAACAAAGGAAAAAACCAACAAUAUCAGGUGACAUUCAGUAUGCUGGAAAUUUAUAAUGAACAGGUUAGUGAUUUGCUCUCUAAAACCAAGAAGGCUGGAGGGCUUAAGGUAAGAGAAGAUCAGCACCAAGGCUUUUACGUAGAUGGUUUGACUUCUGUACCUUGUGACAGCUAUGCACAAAUUGAGAGACUAAUGGAACAAGGCCUUAAAGCCAGAACUACUGCAGCAACAAGCAUGAAUGCCACCAGCAGCCGGUCCCAUAUGCUUAUCAGCAUUCAAUUUAAGCAGGUUUUUCUUGAUGGAGAUCUCACCAAACAAUCCAUUAUUAAUUUGGUGGAUUUAGCAGGUAGUGAAAGGCAAAAAUCCUCUGGAUCUGAAAGAGACAGAUUGAGAGAAGGAUCACGUAUUAACUUAAGUUUAACCACGUUGGGCAAUGUCAUCAGUGCUCUUGCAGAUGUUGCCAUGGGAAAGAGAGUUCUGCACAUCCCUUACAGAGACUCUGUUCUGACCAGACUCCUCCAGUCAGCUCUGGGUGGAAACAGUAAGACUCUUAUGAUUGCUGCUAUAAGUCCUGCUGAUGUGUGUUAUGAAGAAACUUUGUCAACUUUAAGAUAUGCUGAAAGAACUAAAAAGAUCAAGAACAAAGCUGUGAUAAAUGCGAGCCCCACUGAGAAGCUAAUAAAAGAACUGAAGGCAGAAAACAACAGACUGUUGUCCAAACUUGCUGGACUGGGAAAUUCAGGAAAAAGAGUAGCAGAUAAAACAAGUUCUUCUGAUGUUGGUCAAGCACCUUCAAAUAAAAUUAUCCUUCAAGGAUUGGGAAUUUCUGAUAAACAUGCCACAUUCACCAACACGGAUGGAGAAGUCACAGUGACACCACAGAGCAAGUGCAGAGUCAUUGUCAACGGUGUGCCUACAGUCACAAAGACAACGCUGCAGCAUCUGGACCGAGUUAUUUUGGGAUCCAACAGUGCCUAUCUCUACAUUGGAUUUCCUUCUGAACGUAGCAGUGAAGAUUUGGCCAGGUUUGAUUAUGACUUUUUUCAAUCUGAACUCGCAGCAGCAGAAGGAGUUAGUGUAGACAAACUUGGUGCUCUAAAUGAUAAAGAUGGGAAAGUUGAUCCCAGUAUUCUGGCUGUAUUCCAGGAUUAUAUUAAAUUGAUACCCUUGGUUGCCGAAGCAAAUCAAAUGAGUGAAGAACUGAUGAAGGGGCUUAAAAUGGAGCUCAAAGUGAAGAAUUUGGCAUCAUCUGAUUCCAAAGGUUAUGAUCUACAAAAGGAAGUCAUUGUGAAGGUGACCAACAGAGAGACUCAAGAGGUAUGGAUUUGGUCUAAAGCCAAGUUCAUUAACAGGAAAUACCUAAUGGAAGAAUUUUACCAGCACUUUCUGGAUGGAGGAGACAUCCAUGUCGCUCAAGAAGAUGAUCCAUUCUGGGAUCCUAUUGAGGCCAUUCAUUUAGGAUCUGCUCAUGUCUGGCUCCAGUCUCUUGCUUACGGCAUAAAAUUAGAAGAGCAGGUAGAACUUUUGAACUCUGAAGGACUGGAAGAGGCCAUUGUACUCAUCAACAUAAUUCCAUGUUCCAGCACAGGAGAGGCCAAUGGUGAAGAUGAUGUGGUUAUUGAUCCUUUGGAGCUGCUUGGCAAGAGGAUUGAUUUCCAGAUUCAGAUUAUACAGUGCCUUGGUGUUAAAUGGCUCAAGGAAAAUACAAGGAGGGGUAUACAAAUUGGGUAUUGUGCGCCAUUGGCUCCUGAAUGCUCUCUUUGGGUUCUUUUUUUCAGCUACAAAAUCUAUGAUCUUCCAAUCACUUUGUACACAAAGCCUGUCUGGAAAAACGUAAAUGCCAAAAUUGAAGAGACAAUCCAUUUUGUGGCUUUGAAUGCAUCUCACAAGUUCUUGAAUUACUUACAGAAAAAUGCCCUGAUCGUUGACUUAUGGGGUCUUCAAGAAGGCUGUGCUGAACUAAACUGCACCCAAGAAGAUCUUAUCACAUGGGAAGGCAACAUUUUAGUAGACAAUACAAAAACAUUAACAGCUCAAGAGACCAAUCAGGGUACAUCAAACCAAAUGGCAGAACUUUAUUUGAAGCUGCUGAAGUUAGAACAGGAAACAGAACUGCUCAGAAAUAUUAACAGAGAACUAAGGGAAGAAAACAUGCUUCUCAAGGACACACUAAGGGGAUGUAGUCCUGGACAAGGUCAGUGAUAUAUUUAAACCUUCAUUAAGGUAUCAAUCACAGGCUUCAGAUUAGACUGUUUUUCAUAUAACUGCUAAGCCAUGGAAAGACAAAUCUAUUUGCUUCAAAGUAAUUUUUCAGUAUUAGUGAGUGAAAUCUUUCAUUUAAGAGGAUGGCAAAAGUUUUGCAAACACAUUUUCCCCUUUUCCACUAUUAUUUUAUUAGGUAGCCUAUUCUUAUAUAUUGGAUUGAGUUACAUUGAAAAAAACCCAAUCCCUUCCCCUUUCCUUUCUACUUCAGAUCAGAAACUAUCCAGUGCGUCUAAGAUAGCUGCACAUCAACAUCACAGUGACUCUCCCCAGAUGUGCACCCCUCGGACCAGCUGUGAUGCUGACUUUGCCAAAGCUCUUAAGGUUUUCUAUCAAAGUAUGAACACAGUGAGAGGACAAUUUCUCAAGCUAAGACAUUACAGGCCUCCUGUAAGUAUCCAGCUUCUUUAAUCUUUUAUAUGUAAAUGGAUUUAGCAGAAUACUGUAAGGUAUCAAUCACUACACUUCCUUGGUCUAUCCAAAAUGUGGAAUAACUGUUGUAGGUAACAGUAGAAAAGAGGCACAGAAUGUGGUCCCUA